AUGCACCCCCGAAGAUCCAUUCUUCCCGUGUUAUCACCGGCUCGAGAUGCGCUUGGUUCCGGAAUCAUCGUUGUCUUCGUUGCAGCGCGAGAAUUGCGCCAAGUCAGCGGCUCCGACUGCAAGAAAGGGAAUCCAGUUGCCACAGCGAAUAAGCAGAUUGCUAUUGGGUUCCCUUCGAAGGUUGAGUUACUGAUACUUCAGGUGGCAGCUUGGCGUGUUCUCCGCAUGUUCCAGCGGAACAGAUGCUGCCGGGGUACAUAUGACAAGCUAAGCAACGUACUUCAACGUUGGAUUCAGGAACAGCUCCAGCGAGGAGGCGCCUUCUUCUGCAUACGACAUGUGCACAACACACGGGCAUCCACUCCCUCGGUUGCGCGUCCCGAUUUGGCGCUCCUCUCCGGGUUCUCUGGCAGUGCGCUGAAUCUAGGUCUACAGCUGUCUACGGUAUUCGCGCAGCACCUUUGCGUCCGAGAUGAAACAACCUUCGUCGGCGAUCAGGAGGUUCCUAGUGGAAGGGCGGGGAAGCCGUACCGUGAUCUAAAGGCCUACAGUACUGAAUUACGGCGGCCUACGCGCCGCCUGCCUGGUGCCUCCGCUCCGAUUGACAAGGACACUUUUGAUUUAGCUAGUUCCUCGCAAAUUGGCCUCACGCCUCACGAACCCUAG